AGUUCAAAAAUGACAAAGAAUUAUGAGGGCAAUUUUUUUUUGCCGUGGAUCAGUUCUCAUUGGAUGGUCUCAUAACUAUUUUACUACCAUAGUUGUCUGUUUAUGGUUCAUCUUUAUGGUUAAGCACUUUAUGGUUAAUAUGAUCUUACUGAUCUGAUCUUACUCAGUUUUUCUGACUUUUUCUUCAAUACUGUAACGGCAAAAUGUAAGUGAGCUGUAGGGCGUUCCCAUUCGACUCGAGUGCCACGUCAAAGUGACGGAUGUAGGAGGUGUACUCGAGGGGGUGGGGGCACCGUGGCCAAUACAAGAAUCUCCUGUUAGACGCUGUCCGGCCAAAUUGAUUCCUAGACACAGCGUUGAAGGUAGAUUCCCUAGAGGAGAUUAUUUUAGCCCUAACCCAGCAGUGUGAUCAUUGUCAUGGAGAGCACCAGAAGCAGACUGGCCCAGAGGCUGGCUGAAGCCGGCCAGUCUCACCUCGUGCAGUUCUGGGACGAGCUGACCCCCGAGCAGCAAGCCGAGAUGACCUCUGACCUGGAAGCUAUGGACUUCCAGGAGAUCAACAAGUUCUUCGGCAGCGCCAUGGAGGUGUCGGGCAGCAGCAAGCAGGAGAAGAUGGACACCCGCAUGGAGCCGGUGCCCAGGGAGGUGUUGGGCAGCGUGACCAGGGACAGAGACUGCCUCAAGGUCUGGGAAGAGGAGGGUCUGCGGUGUAUCUCCCAGAGCAGGGUGGCUGUUCUCCUGCUAGCGGGCGGCCAGGGGACCAGGCUGGGGGUGUCCUACCCUAAAGGCAUGUACGACGUGGGCCUGCCAUCCCACAAGACCCUGUUCCAGAUCCAGGCAGAGAGGAUACUGAGGCUGCAACAGCUGGCAGAACAGAGUUAUGGAGCUAAGUGCUGCAUCCCCUGGUACAUCAUGACGAGCGGCCGAACCAUGGAGUCAACUAAAAAGUUAUUUUCGCGCCACAGCUACUUUGGGUUGUGCAAAGACAACGUGAUCUUCUUCCAGCAGGGCAUGCUGCCUGCGAUGGACUACAAUGGCAAGAUCAUCCUGGAGAGCAAAAACAAGCUGGCCAUGGCCCCAGACGGUAACGGGGGUCUUUACAGAGCUCUGGGUACCCAGGGGAUCGUGGAGGACAUGGAUCGGAAGGGGGUCAAGUUCAUCCAUGUCUACUGUGUGGACAACAUCCUGGUUAAAGUAGCAGACCCUGCCUUUGUUGGCUUCUGUGUCCAGAAAGGAGCAGACUGUGGGGCUAAGGUGGUGGAGAAGACCAAUCCAACGGAGGCGGUGGGCGUGGUCUGUAAGGUCGACGGCCGUUACCAGGUGGUAGAAUACAGCGAGAUCACCUUGGCUACAGCUGAGAAGCGCAGCGCGGACGGACGGCUGAUGUUCAAUGCAGGAAACGUGGCCAAUCACUUCUUCACCCUAGCCUUCCUCAGGGACGUCGUCCAGACGUUCGAGCCUCAGCUGCAGCAUCACGUGGCCCAGAAGAAAAUCCCGUACGUGGACACGCAGGGACGGCUAAUCAAACCCGACAAACCCAACGGGAUUAAAAUGGAAAAAUUUGUCUUUGACAUCUUCCAGUUUGCCAAGACCUUUGUGGUGUACGAGGUUCUUCGUGAAGACGAGUUCUCUGCCCUGAAGAACGCAGACAGCCAGGACGGUAAAGACACGCCCACCACGGUGAAACACGCCCUCAUGUCCCUGCAUCACCGCUGGGUCCUCAAUGCUGGAGGACACUUCAUAGACGAAAACGGGACGCGUGUGCCUGCUAUACCCAGAGAUGGACCUGCAGGAAGUGGCACAGCUGAUGUCAACCAGAAUCUGAAGGAUGGAACAGACCUGCCAAUUAAAUGUGAGAUCUCCCCACUGGUGUCCUAUGGCGGAGAGGGUUUGGAGGAGCUGGUGAGUGGGCGAGAGUUCCGCCCCACCCUGGUCAUCGACGAGAGUGGAGCCCACGAACUGGUGAAGAAUGGCGUUUGAGGGACGGAAGAAUGGAGGGAGGGAGGGAGAGGGAGAAUGAAAGAGAGCGAGUGAGCAAAAGAAGAGAGACGUGCCAAAGACCUAUUCCACUUCUUCUCCCUCUCCUCCUCCCUACAACUGGGAGAAACUGUGAUGUCGUUUGUUUCCGUGCAAUAAUGCUGCGUUCAUGUGCUUUUCUAAAUAAUUGAAACACAAUGCAUUUCCGACAUCCAAAAACGAGCUUCUGAGUUGGAAUUAUAAGUGGGGAAAUCCGUGCUAUAACUCAAUACAAUGAGAUCCAACCCCCAGUUGGAAUGUUUUCCAAAUGUCUGAUUUUUCUGAGGAGCACAUGGCCGCAGCAUAAGAUGAAGGACAGAAGCCUUGAGGGGCUGCAUGACUGGAUGAAGCAGUCUGAAGAUCAAGCUAUUUAUUUUGCUUAAGCCAAUUUUUUAUCUGUCUUGUAGAUGGAAAUUACCACCUAUGCAUUUUACCAAGUGAUUUGUACGUACAGAUACAAGUAGAGAUAGGUACAACAAUUGUAGUCAGAUGAUCCUAAUAUGAUUGAUUAUUAUUAACAUGUAAUGUUGGUACACGGAAAUACUUUUUUUAUGAUAACUGGGUUUCAUAGCACACUACUGCUAGUCUUCUGCCUGAUUGGCUUCCAAAUGACGCUGUUGACAUAGGAAUUGUUUUACAUUUUCUUUAUUAUAGAAAUAUCACAUUUGGAAGAGGUAUGAGUCUUUGAUUAAACCUAAGCUUAGCGUGGUGUGCCUGUGUGUGUGCGUAGAGUUGUCUGCAUGUGUGUGUGUGGAUUUGUCGGUCUCUGUGUGCGUGGCUGUGUGUGUGAUGGGUGUGUUUAUUGCAUUAGAAGUCCUGGUGUGUUAAAUCAGAGUUUCCAGCAGCAGCACAUGGUUUGUGUUUAAGAUGGGCCAGAGAGAGCAUGCUACAUUUACUGCUGCAGCCACUCAUAAAAAUCUACUCUGUGGCUGCUAACAGUCUCUCUACCUGUCUGUCUCUCACACACACACAAUUCCUCUUACUUUCUAUAUCUCUCCCUUUCUCCUUUUUUCUUCCUCUCUCUCAUCUCCUCUUUUCCCUUUCUUUCACUUGCUCUCACUCCCACUACAGUAUCUCUGACAGAAGGUAUUGUAUUGACAGAGGGCUAUGCUUAGGUAACACUUAUAAAGGAUACCUCAAUGUAAAGUGUAAAUGUUGAAUUGACUUAGAUAAAUAACCUUGAUGUCUAUUAUAGAAUGUUAUAUUCCUUCAGGCAGAUAUGAAACAUGACCAUGUGCAUCGAUAGUUUUAGCACACUGGACUGUCCUUAACUGGACUACUGUAGAGCGUGCUUUCCUCACUAAGCCACACCAUGCUUUUCCACCAUGAAGGAAGGGGUACAUUUAAAGGGGAAUUCCACCCACUUACCAUUAUUUGAUGCGUUGCUCCUCUGUAUCCCUUUUAUUUCCCGAGUCUGGCAUUUUAGUCCACAUCAGCUACGAAACACUGGCGGUGAUGAUGUCAUCAGGUGGUGACUGGCCUUACUUGUCACUAAGGUGAGCUCAUUCUGUGGUCCGAGUGUUAUCAAUGUAUAAAAGUGCUUCAUGAAUUGUAUAACAAUUGUAAGUAUCUGUGUGUACUUACAGUGUAAAAACACUACUUAAGUCUAUUGCCAUUGGCAUUACUAUGGCAAAUAUAAAACAUUUUUGUAGGUAAAAUGGAACCCGAUCAAAUUUGUCAACAGAAAUGUGUUGAAUUAAAGUUAUUUGUAAAAUUU